AUGGCCGCAAAUCUCGGUUUGGCAAUCAACAGGAGCAAUUACGGUGUCCUGAUUUCGCUACGUGCCUUACAAAGCUUGGGUGCGAGUGCCGCUUUCGCAGUUAGUUAUGGCGUCGUGGCGGACGUCUGUGUCCCAAGCGAGCGAGGAAGAACGCUGGGUCCGGUAAGCAUGGCAUUGAAUCUUGGUGCUUGUGUCGGUCCUGUCGUCGGUGGCUGGGUCGCUUACUCUAGCGGGAGCUUCCAGUGGAUAUUUUGGGCUUUGUUGAUUGUCGGCGUGGUUUUGCUGCUCCUGGUAGGAACUUUGCUGCCGGAGACAGCUCGGUCUCUCGUCCAGAAUGGUUCGGGAAGAACUACAUUACCUGUGUGGGAACGGACAUGGCGGAAAAUUGCAAAGAAUCUAUGGACAUCACCAAUGCUGAAAAUGGACAAGCAGCCAGGACGACACGGGUCUUCUAGGGAAGUUGCAAAUGCAAGCGCGGAAACCCCGACUACGCGUGCGAGCUUUCUUGCGAGGCUGCGAAUAGGCAAUCCACUUGCCUGCCUGCGUAUCAUUUUUCAUCUUGAUACAUCUCUUGUGCUGUGGAUGCACGGGUCGUUCUAUACUGUCGACUACACGCUGGUAGCUGCAAUCCCGGAUAUCUAUAAGCAGAAAUACCAUUUCGACGAACUGAAAAUCGGCUUGGCCUAUCUUCCUCGGGGUACAGGCAUCAUUGUCGGAGGCUUUUGCGUUGGCAAGAUGAUGGAUUACAACUAUAGAAUCACGGCAAAGAAAAUCAAUUGGCAAAUAGAUGGUGUCUCGGGCGACAACCUCAAGCACUUCCCUAUUGAACGAGCGCGAGCACGUGGAAGUGGCUGGCUUCUCGUUAUCUCGACAUGUGGCCUCAUUGGAUAUGGCUGGGCGGUGCAUUAUGGGGCUCAUGUUUCCGUGUUGCUUAUUUUGCAGUUUAUGCAAGGUUUCUGGGGUACUUGCUUCUACAUUGUUUACAACACUUUGUUAGUUGAUGUGUUCCCGGAGAGCCCAAGCACUGCGGCAGCGGCGGCUAGCAUAACCCGAUGCGCAAUGGCCGCGGCUGGGGUCGUAGUUUUACAACCUCUCCUGGAUGCCGCCGGUCGAGGGUGGUAUUUCACCGUCUUGGGUUUUGUGGAGUGGGAGCUUUGGUGCAGCAGCAUUGUGGUUGAUCAAGACGAAGGGCAUGCAGUGGAGGAGACAGAGACUGGACAAGAGCUGUAG